AUGAGCUCCCGGGCGUCCUCGUUAGGUCUCCUUGCAGGCACUGACGCGCUCACCCCGCGCAGGCUCCAGCCCUUGGCGUGCGGAGGCCUUGCCGGCCCCAGGGCUGCGCGCGCAUCCUCGCGCCACCUGCGGUCAGCCCUUCCUGCCGCCUCCUCUAGAAGUCCAAAUUUGGGGAGCUCAGUGGAGGAUGCCAACUGUUAUGCCUUUGUUCAACUAGCUUUUGUUGAGUCUCGUGAUGACAGAUGUGUGAGUAUCUCACCGAAGCUGAAGCCCUUCCUGGUGGAAGUAAGCAUGCACCAGACCCAGAAGUUGGAACAGCCAAAGGAGGACUUUGACGUUUUUGUGGCCCUCGAAGGGGUGUUGAAGUCCACGUGCAUGAAUCCGGGGUUCUCCCUGAGCACCCAGGUUGACUGGGCCCCGUGGUCCUUUAUGACCCCUCUCCGCUCAGCAGACGUAGGCGUGACCUUCCCAUGCAGUGGAGCUCACUACUGUUUUCUCAAGAGGUGCUUUGGCAAUGUGAUCUCUUUCCUGAAUCUCUGGACCACCUUUCUGGGCCCAAGGCUCGCUGCCAGGCAGGCUCCGCUCCUUGCUGAGUACAGCAUCCAGCCUUUUUAUCCCAGCUGCUCUGCUCCAAAGCUGGUGAAGAAACGUCUGGCGCUAGGAGUUCUGAGUUCUCGUGGUGUGAGAGAGGUGACUCGGCUUCAGAUAGACAGCGUGAUGCUGAAAAUGGCCACGCACGGCCUUCUUCCCUAAGUGCGGUAGUGUUGCCGGUGAAAGGGAGAAGGGAGAAGGGAGAAGGGAGAAUUAUUUCAGAACUCUUUCAAUGCUGACUUUCCAGAAGCCUCCCAGUUGACAGAAGCCAUCUUCCAAGGAUAUUUUGCCUAUUCAGAUGAGCUAAAGAAACCCAGAAAAGUAAUUCGAAAGUACUUAUUUCUUGCAUUCUCUCUGGUAACUCUUGUUUAUUUACUGGUUAACAUUUCCUACCUGACUGUUCUGACCCCCAAGGAAAUGCUCUCUUCAGUGAUUAUGUUCGGGAUACUUUAA